AUGGCCCCAUCUACUACUCAAAUAGAGGAGCAUGUAUCCUUGAAACUUCUGUUGAAUGAAAGAGGUAACAAAGUGUUGUUUGCUGAAGCUGAUAAGGACUUUGUAGACAUUCUUUGUAGCUUCUUAACUAUGCCCUUAGGAACUGUUGCUAGACUUAUAGAGAAGGAAUCUGGCGUAGGGCCAGUCACUCUUGGUUGUCUAAACUCACUCUAUCAUAGUGUUGCAAAUCUUGAUGACGGUUGUUUCAGUGCGGACGGAAUCAAACAAGUUCUUCUGGAACCAAUUAACGCUGCCGAAGAUUAUUGCAACACUCUUAAAAUCAACAUUGAUGACACUCCACCAACCAAGUACUUGGCAUGUAAUAGAUUAAAUUGCAGAUUCAACGAUUUGACAAUAUCACCAUUUAAAGAUCAACAUAAGUGUCGCUGUGGCUAUUCUUGUACCUCUCCAGUUUUUCUGAAAAAUUCCUGCCAAGGAUUUGUUGUUGGUUCUGUUACUUUUUUCAUAACAGAUAAUCUCACUGUAAUUCCAAACGGAUUAGACUAUACAAGACUUCGUCUGCUGCAGGAACAUGGCAUAAAAUAUCCUAGUUUGGUAAAAGAAAUAGUACUCAAAGUCACUAAGGAAAAGGUACUUGAUCUGUUGAAGCAUUCUUUGUUUUCCACCUCAACUUUGACAGAUUUAUUUUUAGCAAAGAAACCUUCUCUAGAGAGUUCAAGGUUUUUCUUCCCUGAUGGUGAAAUUACUCAAAAUCUCAAAAUCAAUAUGAAGUUAGUUAUAAGAAAAUCGGAUGGAAAGAUAUUGUUUGCUCAUGGGGAACAUCAAUUUGCAGACAUGAUUUUGACCUUUCUUACUAUUCCUUUGGGACUCUUUGCACGUCUAUUUGGAGGGAUUUGUUCCUUAGGCAGCAUCAACAGAUUGUACAAGAGUAUAUCUGAUUUUAAUGAAAACAAAUAUUUUAUGUCAAAAGAAGCUAAGAACCGGCUUGUUGACACUGGUGUUGUUGAUCUUAGUUUUUGCGCCCAAUUUUUCAAACAUUAUGGUGACCAUAAUAUCUAUACUGGAAAUAUUAAGAAAAUGUAUUUCCUCCAAAAGUUUUUUGUUAAAGGUCCAGUUAUGUAUGUUGUUACGGAUGAUUUGGUUGUAUCUCCCUUGACACCAAUUUCAGCCUUAGAUUUACUAAACCGAUUUGAAACUCCUAUUACUGAUUUGAAGGAAAAAGAUGUCAUCGUUGGCGUUAAAGAGGUUGUUAGUAUUAUGAUGGCUGCUUUGACUUCGACGGCUGCUCUGACAAAUGGCUUGGCUCACUUGUUAACUGAAGUUUAG